AUGCCUGCCAACUGGCGCUAUGGCAACAUGUUUCUAAAUGAGGCGUGGCCCAGCCUGGUCUGCAGCAGUCAGGUUUACGCUGUUGGCUUUUCAGAGAGUCUUUUAGCGCUCGCAAGGUUUACUCUGAGUCCCAAACCACCCCCUCGCCCCUACCAAACCACCCCCUCGCCCCUACCAAACCACCCCUCGCCCCUACCAAACCACUCCCUCGCCCCUACCAAACCACCCCCUCGCCCCUACCAAACCACCCCUCGCCCCUACCAAACCACCCCUCGCCCCUACCAAACCACCCCCUCGCCCCUACCAAACCACCCCUCGCCCCUACCAAACCACCCCUCGCCCCUACCAAACCACUCCCUCGCCCCUACCAAACCACCCCUCGCCCCUACCAAACCACCCCCUCGCCCCUACCAAACCACCCCCUCGCCCCUACCAAACCACCCCUCGCCCCUACCAAACCACCCCCUCGCCCCUACCAAACCACCCCUCGCCCCUACCAAACCACCCCCCGCCCCUACCAAACCACCCCUCGCCCCUACCAAACCACCCCUCGCCCCUACCAAACCACCCCCUCGCCCCUACCAAACCACCCCCUCGCCCCUACCAAACCACCCCUCGCCCCUACCAAACUACCCCUCGCCCCUACCAAACCACCCCCUCGCCCCUACCAAACUACCCCCUCGCCCCUACCAAACUACCCCUCGCCCCUACCAAACCACCCCCUCGCCCCUACCAACACUCUUGGAGAUCCUUCCAUUGUCAUAUGUUGCUGACGAAACUCUGAGGGUGACUUCCAGACAGUGGUGA